AUGACAGAGGAGGAGGUUGCUAGAAAUUGUCCUCCUGAUGUACCCCCUCAUCAGUGGAUGGAGUUGGUUCAUUAUUGGUUCUCCGAGAGAGCACAGACUUAUUCUGCUAUUGGUAGCACUGCACGAGUAGCUCAGUCUGUUCCUCAUACAUCGAGGUCGAAGAGUUAUACACGACUCCGACAGGAGUUUGUGGAUGAGCAUAGGAGGGAACCCGAUAAAGUGGAGUUUUAUCGGAUGACUCAUCCUCAUCAGGAUGGUACUUUUAUUCGAGAUGAGUCGAGAGAUUUAUAUGAAAGGGCUACAUCUCUCAUUGCGGAGCGUGACGACGAGUCUGCAGCAUCUACGCAGCAGAGCCGUAUCGAGGUCGAGGUGUUCACAGAGUUGAUGGGACCAGAGCGCUACGGCCAAGUGAGAGGUUAUAGAGUAGGAGUCACCCCCACUCAGUUAUCUAAGGUUAGUAGAUAUACGCAGUAUGCUGCAGUAGAUGCUCAGGAUUCACGCGUCCGCAGACUCGAAACGGAGAUACAGGAGAUUAGACAGAGUCGUGCCGCUGAGAUGGAGGAGAUGCGACAGAGCCGUGUCGAGAUGCCGGCCAUGAGGGGACAGAUU